UAUAGAGAGAGAAUAAUUAAUAAUAAUAAAAUUAGGAAGAAUAAUGUGUAGGUGUGUGAUUAUUAUUUAAUUUUUAUACCUUUCUUCCCUUCCCAAUCCCCAUAGACAUGAUUAUAUUCACACAAACUCCACAACCAAAAACCCUCAUCAUCUCUUUUCUCUUAAUGGGUCUCUCUUUUUUUCUCCUCUCAAACAAACCCUUUGAUCUCCUCUUCCAUGGCUUCUCAAAUUAACCAUUUUUAUUCUUCUCUUAAUUCCUUCAAUUUUAUUCCUCUUCCAUGGCUCUCUCUCAGUUCAAACAACUCCCUCUGAUCAACCAUACUACUCCUUCAACCUCGGUCCGACCCGUUCGAUUCCUGGGUUGUCGGAUAUGACAAUGGUUGCUGCCCUUAACCACUUCUCCAAACACCAACACGGCGGCGCCGACCAUCUCAUGAAUGGUGGUGCUCCACUUUGUAAUCAAUAUUAUUAUUAUUAUCAUUAUAAUUAUUUAGGGUCUAGUAAUCCUUAUCUAAUUUCUCUUGAUCCUCCCAUGGCGGAAGAUGAUUCCACUACUAAUAGUCUUAAUCAUGAUCAAGCCCCUUCUAAUACAGAUGAUGGCUGGCUUCAAUUGAGUAUCGGUGGCAGCGGUGGCAGUGGCAACGUUACCGGACUAAAACACGAUCAACGAGAGUCGAUGACACCCGGAAGAAGCUCGGGCUUAGUGGAGCUAGAUCUAUUACCUGGUGGCGGUCGAGAUAUCUCGAUGAAUUAUUCUAGAUGGGUUUCGGAUUUCUCGAGCCCUGAGACUACUACGACGUCGAAAACGGAGACUGGGGCGGAGAUAGGAAUAGGGUUGCCUUUGUUUUUUGGAACUUCUAGUUCUUCCAACUUUGUACAGCAAGAGAUUAAUUGGGCAUUUAGGCCGGUGGCCGGUAUCGGCACCGGUGUUCCUUCUUCUUCCUCCCCGUCGACAUCGGCCGUGUCAUCUUCUUAUUCUCUACCGAUUAGCGGUCGUCGGAGUUCUUACUUGGGCAGGCCAUUAAUCCAACUCCAGAGUGUUGGGGUCGACACGGCCACGGCAACAGCCGGGCCGAGCUCCGACGUCAGAAUCAUAAAUCCUCCCCGCCGGCCCCAUUCUGGUAUAUGGUUUACAUUAAAAGCCUUAGAAAAUCAAGGAAAAGAGCCAUUUUUGCCUCAAAUAUCAAAAAACUAUCUGAGAAUCAAGGACGAAAAGAUGACAGUUAGUUUGGUAAUGAAGUAUUUGGUUAAUAAGCUUCAUCUGGAUAGCGAAUCAGAGAUAGAGAUAAGAUGCAGAGGGCAAGAGCUAGUUCCAUUUUGGACAAUGCAAUAUGUAAGAGAUAGGAUUUGGAAUAAUACUUCAUCAAACUCACUCUUCACUUUGCUUCCUCAAUCUUCAACCACAAAUCACUUAAUGCUUCUUCACUAUGGAAGGAAGAAUUAAUUUUAAUUAAAUAUGGCUUCUAAUUUAUUAUUUUUUCAUUUAAUUGUCCCAUAUGAUUUCUCUUUUUUCUUUCUAAAGUUUCUUUUCCUUUUCCUUUUCCUUUUUUUUUCUCCUUUUUGUGCUAUAUAUACUCACUUAAUUAAUUUGCCAAUAUCAUUUCAACUUUCUUUCUCA